AAUUCCAAUUCCAAAUAACCCGUUGUUCCUUGUGGCGCACACACACCACAACACAACACAACACAACACAAGCUUCUGCUUCAUUGUUCUCUCUUACCAUUUCAAAUUCAUUCUUCCUUUUCAAAAUUGUUGCACAAAUCUCUCAUUCUUCUUUUUCCGUUAAUCGCUUUUGAGAUCGAAACCACCGUUUUAAUCGCGAAGGAAAUUAUUUAACCGUUUCGUUUUCCGCGAAAGGGAAUAAUAUAAACCAUUAAGUUUUUCCGUUUUUCAUUAUUUUCUUCCCUUCAUUGUUCGAUUCAGGGUUUUUCGAUUAGGUUUAGGGAUUCGAAUCGUAAGAUUCGAAAAUCGUUGAUUGUGGUUUUUGGUGGUGGUGAUUAACGUAUUGAUACUGCACAGCGAGGUUUUAGCGUUUUAGGGGAGUUGAAUCGUGAGAUUAUUGAUAACAUUGUUUUGAUAUUUGAAAUUAGGGUUUGCCGAUGAAGUGAAAUCGUCGUUUUAGAUGUUUGCAACGAUAUGGUAAUUAAGCGUGCUGUGAAAUCUGAAAUGCCGAAAUUGAAACGGUGUAAAUUGGAUGAACCUGAUUCUGAAGGUCUCGAAGGGUGUUCUGGGAUUCAGAAGAAGCGUAUGGUUAACGAGUUUUACUCGAUAGGUGAUGCUGAUGAUUUUAGCAGUGGUUCUGCUUCUUGGAGCAGUGAAGUUUCCCAUUGUGAUGGUGCUGGUGGUGAGGUUGAGUUUAAUUCAAACUCUGUGCUUUUGAAUGGUGAAAAGGCGAAAGGGUUUGGCUCGGUGGUUACUCGGCCUCCGUUAUUGCGAUCCUCACGUGGUCGCCUUCAGAUGCUUCCGUCGAGGUUUAGUGACUCUGUUGUUCUUGAUGCACGGAAGAAUGGAGGAGUGAAAACGGAGGAUGGAGAUGGUGAUUCCAUCUUUGAAGAUGAUAGAAGUUUUGUUGAGGAUGGUAAGGUUAAGAAUAGUGAUUUGUCUAGUGUCGGUAGAAAAACGAUGAAGACUGAUAGUAAUGCUUCUGGUUCUGGUCUUAGCUCUGAGGGUAUAGAGCAGAAGACUUAUGGGAAUGUUGGAAAGAGAAAAGAGGUUUAUAGGCCAACGGAUUUUGCUUUGGGAGAUAUUGUUUGGGCAAAAUGCGGGAAGAGAUAUCCGGCUUGGCCUGCUGUGGUGAUUGAUCCCAUGUCACAGGCUCCUUAUUCCGUCUUGAACUGUUAUGUUCCUGAUGCGCUUUGUGUGAUGUUUUUCGGUUAUUCAAAAAAUGGAACUCAAAGGGAUUAUGCAUGGGUCAAGCAGGGAAUGAUAUUCCCAUUCUCGGAAUUCUUCAAUAGAUUUCAGGGGCAGACCCAGUUGUACAAGAGCAAACCGAGUGACUUCCAGAUGGCGCUGGAGGAGGCAAAUUUGGCAAAAGAUGGCAUGCUGGAAUCACAUUUGGGAGCGGAGGAAGUGACUGAUGUAGAAGCUCAUCCUCCUGAUAGACUUGAAGAGGUCGUAGUUUCAAAUAUUGAUCAAGAAUAUUAUUGUCAGGAUCAGGAUACUAGAUGUUGUGCUACCUGUGGUUUGAUGUUUCCAUGUAAAACCAUGAAGAAGGUUAAGGGUUCAAGUUAUGCCCUCCAAUUUCAAUGCAAACUUUGUGCCAAGUUACUAAAAUCAAAACAAUAUUGUGGAAUUUGCAAAAAGAUUUGGCUCCAUUCAGACGGUGGGAAUUGGGUAUGUUGUGAUGGUUGCAAUGUAUGGGUGCAUGCUGAGUGUGACAGAAUUUCUACCGAACAUUUCAAGGAUCUGGAAAAUACCGAUUACUAUUGUCCAGAUUGCAAGGAAAGAAUCAAUUGUAAAUUACCGGAAUCAUCAACAUGCAAGUCAAAAAUCAAAUCAGUGGAGAAUAGCCAAAAUGGUGUGGUACCUGAGAAGGUAACAGUGGUGUGCAAUGGAAUGGAAGGAGUUUACUUCCCUAAGCUUCAUUUAAUUAUGUGCAAGUGUAUCUCUUGUGGUUCAAGGAAGCAGACACCGAGUGAAUGGGAACGACAUACUGGAAGCAGAGCCAAAAAAUGGAAAUGCAGUGUGAAAGUGAAAAGCACAAUGCUACCACUUGAAAAAUGGCUUGCGGAGCACAUUUCACAAGAUGGAAUUCCCCAGGUAUUAGAUCAGCAGCAGGUGCUUGCCUUUUUGCAAGAGAAGUAUGAGCCAGUUCAUGCAAAAUGGACGCCGGAAAGAUGUGCUGUUUGUAGAUGGGUUGAAGAUUGGGACGAUAACAAUAUGAUUAUAUGUAACAGGUGCCAAAUAGCAGUCCACCAAGAAUGCUAUGGUGUAAAGAAUGUUCAAGAUUUUACUUCUUGGGUCUGUAGAGUAUGUGAAACUCCUGAUGUUGAAAGAGAGUGUUGCCUUUGUCCAGUAAAAGGUGGUGCUCUGAAGCCAACUGAUGUCGAGAUGUUGUGGGUUCAUGUAACAUGCGCUUGGUUUCGACGUGAAGUUGUUUUCCAAGACCCUUUGGCCAUGGAACCUGCCCUUGGAAUUCUAAGAAUUCCUCCUAAUUCCUUUGUGAAGACUUGUGUAAUUUGUAAACAACGCCAUGGUUCUUGUACAAGUUGUUGCAAGUGUGCUACUUAUUUUCAUGUAAUGUGCGCAUCAAGAGCUGGGUAUACCAUGGAAUUGCAUGGCAUGGAGAAGAACGGGACUCAAAUAACAAAGAAGCUAAUAUACUGUGCAGUUCAUAGAGUCCCAAGUCCAGAUUCUGUAAUGGUUUCACAUUCAUCUCUGGGGAUUUUCUCUCCCAGAAUGUUGACUCAAAAUCACAAGGGAUACUUCCGGGGAUCAAGGCUGGUUUCAUCAAAAAAUAUAGAGCUCAAUGAGUUUUCAACUGAAAAUGAUAAGGUUGAGCCAUUUUCUGCAGCCAGAUGUCGUGUGUACAAGAGGCCUCGUAAUAAGAGAGCUGAUGUGCCAAUAAUUCACUUGCUGACGGGACCCAGCCGUCACUCUUUAGGUGAAAUAACUCAAUUGAACAACUAUGAGGAUGCUAAAGUUGCUAAAGUAGUAUUUCCUUCUUUCAAGGAACGUCUUCACCAUCUGCAGAAAACUGAAAAACUCAGGGUUUGCUUUGGAAAGUCGGGUAUUCAUGGAUGGGGUCUCUUUGCUCGAAGAGAUAUACAAGAAGGAGAUAUAGUUGUUGAGUAUCGUGGAGAGCAGGUAAGGCGCAGUGUCGCCGAUCUGAGGGAAGCAAAAUAUCGUUCAGAAGGCAAAGAUUGCUAUUUGUUCAAGAUCAGUGAGGAAGUAGUCAUUGAUUCAACAAACAAGGGCAAUAUAGCACGUUUAAUAAACCACUCUUGCAUGCCAAACUGCUAUGCAAGGAUUUUGAGUUUGGGCGAUCAACAGAACCGGAUUGUUCUUGUUGCCAAAACCAAUGUUUCUGCUGGUCAAGAACUAACGUAUGAUUACUUGUUCGAUCCAGAUGAGCCGGAAGAACAGAAAGUUCCCUGCCUUUGCAGAGCACCGAAGUGUAGAAAAUUUAUGAACUAGGUUAAGCAUUUUUUGUUCCUUGAGCAAUUGCAGUCAUCUAACCAUAGGGUAAAGAUUUGUCCAGAGCUUUUUAUUUUUAUAUUUUUUAAUUUUUACCAGUUUAGUAUAGUUUGUAUAUAAUUUGUUAUAUAUAAUAAAAUAGGAAACUUCUGAGCAAAUGAGCUGGAGGCAUUUUUGUAACCUGUCACAAUUCUCCAAAUUCUUUUGACAUUUGGAAGAAAUUCACAUUGAAGACAAAAGGGGUGUAUAGGAGCACACAUAUAUUACUCGGUGCUUUUCUGGUAUAGCAUGGAAACAAUUGGCCAUA